CCCAAACUCUCAACAUCUAAAACCCUAGAAUAAACCACCUCCUUCCCCUCGAAAACUCUCUUGGCUUUGGUUCGCUCUGCUUUCACUUUGCAGCCUCUAACCUACAACAACAGCCAUGGGUAAAAAGAUUCGAGAAGCCAAUCUUAACGGCGAACCGAUUGCCCAACAAGAAGCCGCAAAUGGUCACAAAUCAGAUAAAAAGAAAAGGAAGGAUAAAAACAAGAAUCAAGAACCUGAAUUCCAAGAGACACAAAAGGAACCAACUCUAAAGAGAAGGCUUGAGGAAACCCAAGACCAGGAAACCGUCAAGAAAGAAAAGAAGAAGAAGAAGCAUGAAGAAGAGAAAGAAGGUGAAAUCCAUGAAGGGAAAGACAAAGAAAGUGAAAGUUUUCCAGAAAGUACCAAGAAAGAUAAAAACAAGAAGAAAGAAAGCAAGAAACAGGAGGAAAAUGGGAAAGAAAAUGUAAUUCAUGAAGUGAAGGAGGAAGUACAGCCGCAAGACAGAGUAGUGGUGUCCGGAAAGGAUACACAAGAGACAAAGUAUGCGUCUUUAAAGUCUUUUGCUGAGGCGAAACUGCCUGAUAAUGUGUUGGAAUGUUGCAAGAAUUUCAAGAAUCCAUCUCCUAUCCAGGCUCAUGCUUGGCCCUUUUUGUUUGAUGGGCGUGAUUUUAUUGGGAUUGCAAAAACUGGAUCAGGUAAGACUUUGGCAUUUGGGAUACCUGCAAUAAUGCAUAUUCUGAGCAAGCGAAAGGGGAAAUCGACAAGGGGGGCAAAUCCACUUUGCCUUGUGCUUGCUCCUACAAGAGAAUUAGCUGAUCAAAUUUCAGUUGUUUUACGUGAUGCUGGGGAACCUUGCGGUGUGAGAUCAGUUUGUAUAUAUGGAGGAACUUCCAAAGGACCUCAAAUCAAGUCUCUGAAGGCUGGCGUUGAUAUUGUCAUUGGAACCCCUGGCCGUUUGAAGGAUUUGAUAGAAAUGAAUGUAUUGCACCUUGCAGAGGUAUCUUUUGUGGUUCUUGAUGAAGCAGAUAGAAUGCUGGACAUGGGAUUUAGACAGGAAGUUCGUUCAAUAUUGAGCAACACAUGUUCUGCUCGCCAAAUGAUAAUGUUUAGCGCUACAUGGCCUUUAGAUGUUCAUAAUUUGGCAGAAGAAUAUAUGGACCCAAAUCCUGUUAAGGUGGUUGUAGGUUCUGAAGAUACAGCUGCCAACCAUGAUGUCAUGCAGAUUGUUGAGGUAUUGGAGGACCAUUUGCGUGAUCAGCGUUUACUUGCUUUGCUAGAAAAAUAUCACAAAUCUCAACAGAAUAGAGUGUUGGUUUUUGCCUUGUACCAAAAGGAAGCGGAACGUCUUGAUGGAAUGCUAAGAAAAAGUGGGUGGAAUGUUGUUUCUAUUCAUGGCAACAAAGCACAAGAACAACGAACAAAGGCAUUGUCAUUAUUCAAGAAGGGCAGCUGCCCUCUGAUGGUUGCUACUGAUGUGGCUGCUCGAGGAUUGGAUGUUCCAGAUGUAGAAGUAGUAAUCAACUAUACCUUCCCACUCACCGCAGAGGAUUAUGUCCACAGAAUUGGCAGGACUGGACGGGCUGGCAAGAAGGGUGUUGCUCACACAUUUUUCACGCAUCAUAAUAGGGGGCUCGCUGGAGAGUUGGUCAACAUUCUUAGAGAAGCUGGGCAAAUCGUGCCACCUGCCCUUUUGAAAUUUGGCACUCAUGUGAAGAAAAAGGAGUCCAAGCUCUAUGGGGCUCAUUUCAAAGAAAUCUCUGCAGAUGCUCCAAAGGCCAAGAAAAUAACUUUCAACUCGGAUGACGAAGAUUAAAGCAUAUGGUCUCCAGAUUUUGUAAGAUCAGCAAUGAAACAAAUAUACAGUAUCGGUUAUCUAUUAUUUAAAGUGGUAUAAGAUUUUGUAAGAUCGCUUCCUGUCUCUUCUUUUUGCUCAUUUACAUAGGUGAGAUAUCAGCAACAUUUGAUUCUUUGGCAAAUUUUCAGUAAAAUUAAUGUCGAUCGUUAUUGGAUUUAA